UAAGGACACAAUACUGCGGCCAGUGUUUUAUUUUUGGGAUCUGAAGCUUGUAGUUUCUCAAAUCUCCCAUCCUAUUUAUUCACGUACUCUUCAUACCCUACCUCAGAUCCAGAGCCAAUACCGGCUCCUCAAAACUCUCUCCCAUGGCCCCUAUCAUCCGCAAGAACAAUGCCCUGCCAAAAACGGGCCUCUUCCAAGAAAGUUUAUCAUCCUCCAUUAAGCUCGAAGCAUACACCUUCCUCGCCAAUGGCCACCCGAUUCUCACCCAAGUCCCGCCAAACAUCACAGCAACCUCGGCCAACAACGUCAGCCCCGUCGGUUGCUUCGUCGGCUUUGACUCCGACCGUCCCAGUAGCUGCCACGUGGUUCCCCUCGGAAAGCUCAGUGGGAUCAAGUUCAUGAGCAUUUUCAGAUUCAAGGUAUGGUGGAGCACCCACUGGGCCGGAAGUAAAGGAAGCGACUUGGAGAACGAAACCCAAGUGAUGAUGCUGGAGAAUUGCGAUCUCUUGCGUCGUCCAUACGUCCUUCUUCUUCCCCUCAUCGAAGGGCCUUUCAGAGCUUCUCUUCAACCUGGUCUCCACGAUUACGUCGACAUUUGCUUGGAGAGUGGCUCCACGAGCGUCUCUGGUUCUACCUUCAGAAGCUGUUUGUACAUCCACGCGGGAGACGAUCCUUAUAACUUGAUGAAGGAAGCCAUGAAAGUGAUAAGAGACCAUCUGGGGACGUUCAAGCUUCUUGAAGAGAAAACCCCUCCGGGAGUAGUGGACAAGUUUGGAUGGUGUACUUGGGACGCGUUUUAUCUCAAGGUGAAUCCAGAAGGAGUUCGGGAAGGCGUGAAAGGCCUCGCGGAGGGGGGGUGCCCUCCAGGUUUCGUCAUAAUCGACGACGGCUGGCAAAGCUUCUGUCACGACGGAGACGAAACCGUCGGCGAUAGUGGAAGCUUGAACUGUUCAAUACCCGGAGAGCAAAUGCUCAACAGGCUUACAAGUUUCGAAGAGAACAGCAAGUUUAAGGAUUACUAUAGCCGGAGGAGUCCUUCGGAUAGAGGGCUGGGUGCCCUUUCGAGGGACCUGAAGGAGGAGUUCAAGAGCUUAGAGCAUGUGUACGUGUGGCAUGCGUUUUGUGGGUAUUGGGGUGGGCUUAGGCCCAAAGUUCCGGGCCUGCCUGAGGCGAAGGUGGUUGUUCCCAAGUUGUCGGAGGGUGCGGCGAAGACCAUGACGGAUCAGGCGGUGGUGAAGAUACUGGAAGUCGGCGUAGGAUUGGUGGCACCGGAAGAGGCUCACAAGUUGUACGACGGACUCCAUUCUCACCUGCAAUCUGCGGGUAUUGACGGCGUCAAGAUUGAUGUCACCCAAAUUCUGGAGAUGCUAUCAGAGGAAUAUGGGGGUCGUGUUGAACUCUCCAAAGCUUACUACAAAGCCCUCACCGACUCAGUGAAGAAGCACUUCAAAGGCAACGGCGUCAUCUCUAGCAUGCAGCAAUGCAACGAUUUCAUGUUCCUUGGCACACAAACCAUUUCUCUCGGCCGAGUUGGUGAUGAUUUUUGGAGCAUCGACCCUGCGGGAGAUCCGAACGGUACGUAUUGGCUUCAAGGAUGUCAUAUGGUGCACUGUGCCUAUAACAGCUUGUGGAUGGGAAAUUUCUUUCACCCUGAUUGGGACAUGUUCCAGUCCGAUCACCCCUGUGCUGAAUUCCACGCUGCUUCACGGGCCAUCUCCGGUGGCCCUGUUUAUGUCAGUGACUCUGUUGGCAACCAUAACUUCAAACUCCUCAACAAGCUCGUCCUCCCUGAUGGCUCCAUCCUCAGGUGCCAACACUACGCCCUCCCCACCAGAGACUCCUUGUUUCAAGACCCUCUUCAUGAUGCCAAAUCCAUGCUCAAAAUCUGGAACCUCAACAAAUAUACGGGGGUUUUGGGGGUGUUUAAUUGCCAAGGAGGAGGAUGGUGCCGUGUUACGAGGAGAAACAGAAGCGCCAGUGAGUGUUCAAAGAGAGUGAGUUGCUUGGCGAGUCCUGAGGACGUUGAAUGGAGCAAGGGGAUGACUCCAGUAUGCGUAACAGAGGAGGACGUGUUUGCUGUGUACAUGAUCAGGGACCACCAGUUGAAGCUGCUGAAGUGGUCGGAGAGUGUGGAGAUUUCCCUCGACCCCUUCAAUUACGAGCUCUUGACAAUCUCUCCGGUGACGGUGAUGCCGAAGAGAUCAAUCCAUUUUGCUCCGAUUGGAUUGGUGAAUAUGCUAAACUCGGGUGGGGCAAUUCGGAGUAUGGAAUUUGGGAAGCUGGAAAAUGAGGUGAUCAUUGGGGUGAGAGGACAUGGGGAGAUGAGGGUGUUUGCUUCAGAGAAGCCUGUGAGCUGUGAAGUUGAUGGAGUGGCCGUUGAAUUUAGUUACGAGGAUAAGAUGGCUAACGUUCAUGUUCCCUGGACUGCUUCUUCAAGGUUGUGUGUGGUGAAGUACUUGUUCUGAGUCAAGCUUGGUAGCUUUGGUGGCUCUCUGUUCCUAGUAAACUCACAAAUACGAAUCCAUUGGCAGAUUUGAUGGGCAAGCGUCAAUGGAUUUCAUUUUAGGAAUUUAGAUAGUCAAACAAUUAUAAGUUAUUACUACAUUAGACUUCAAAUAUGAUUCCUCUUUUGGGAUUUGCUUAGCAAGUUAGCCACACUUCCCUUCUUGGCUAGGUUCAGUAAGGUUACUUGCUGUUCAUGGAUAUUAGUUUUCUGACGAUUUCAGCUUGUGCUGUACAUGAUCUGAUUAUAUCUUCCAUGACUUGUGGUUAUGUAAGCGUACUUAGCUUGGUCACAAAAAUCUAUGGACACUUAAUUGAAUAGGCUCUUGGUCAGCCCUUAACAGAGUCUUCA